GUGUGUGUGUGUAUGUGUGUGUGUGUGUGAGAGAGUGUGUGGAAGUAUCCAGGUAUCUCAUCUCUGCUGGUCAACAAGCUGCCAUAAAACCUCAAAAGCCUUAAAAACAGCGAGACCAUGGGAGGAACGCAGAGCGUGGAGAUCCCGGGAGGAGGCUCCGAGGGCUACCACGUCCUCCGGGUUCAGGAGAACUCUCCCGGACACCGUGCAGGACUGGAGCCUUUCUUUGACUUCAUCGUCUCCAUCAACAACACCAGACUGAACAAGGACAACGACACCUUGAAAGACUUGCUCAAAGCCAGUGUGGAGAAACCAGUUAAGAUGCUGGUUUACUCCUCAAAGACCCUGGAGCUGCGGGAGUCGACAGUCACCCCCAGCAACCUGUGGGGCGGCCAGGGCCUGCUCGGGGUCUCCAUUCGUUUUUGCAGCUUUGAAGGAGCCAAUGAGAAUGUUUGGCAUGUGCUGGAAGUGGAGCCUAAUUCCCCGGCAGCCCUCGCCGGCUUGCGACCACACACAGACUACAUCAUUGGAGCUGAUACCGUUAUGAACGAGUCCGAGGACCUGUUCUCUCUGAUAGAGAGCCACGAGGGGAAAGGCCUGAAGCUCUAUGUGUACAAUACAGACACUGAUAACUGCAGAGAAGUGAUCAUCACACCGAACGGUUCCUGGGGAGGAGAGGGCAGCCUUGGAUGUGGGAUUGGCUAUGGAUACCUCCACAGGAUCCCAACAAGGCCUUUUGAAGAGGGGAAGAAGAUCAGCUUCCCUGGAAACUCUCCCAGUGAGCCCGUCAGUCCACUGAAGGAUGGCUUCACCGAGGUCCAGCUUUCAGCAGUGACCCCUCCUUCUACUGUGCCUGUUGUCCCCUCUGGCCUUGAAGAGUCACUGUCAGGCCUGUCAAUCAGCACAGCCCCGCCCACCAUGCCCAGUGAGCUGCAGACAGGUUUGCCCACAGUCCCGCUGCUUCCCUCCUCCACCAGCCCCUCCCUCAGCCCCCUCACUCCGCUGAAUCCUGCAGCCACCAGUUUCAACCCCGCCACCACGCUACCAGGUCUGAUGCCCCUCCCAGGUGGCUUACCUCCGCUUCCCAACUUACCCAACCUCAACCUGCCGCUCCCAGACCUCAGUGCCGUGUCAUUAGCAGGACCACCGCCAGUAGGAACCACAGUCCCACCUCUGGCAUCUCUCCCACCCCUCAACCUCCCAGGUCUGGCCCCCUUACCCCCCCUUACCAUGCUGCCCUCCCAUCUGCCUCCUCUCCUCCCUCAGGGAGUGAGCCCACUCCUGCCCAUUUCCACCACCGCUCCUCCAGCCUCGGUCACAGUCACGGCAGCACCUGUGAUCGAACCCGCCGCCGACCGCAAACUCCCCACGGAAGCAGUCUCCACGAACGCCACGGAGUCACCGGCUCCCACGGAAACAACACUAACUUCGUAACCUGGGGGAAAAAAAAAAAGCUCCUGCUUGCCAUCAAACCAAAACACACACCCGGUUUCUCUCUUUCUCCUGUUUGUCUUUCUCUGUGUUUUUCUAUUUAUUUGGCCAAGAGGGACAGGCAGACAGCUGCAUUAGUUCAGACACAGAGGUCAGCGUGCUCCAGUUAUGGGUGAGGAAGCUUGUGUGAAGCGAUGAAGGAUGAAUAUGAAGAAUGGAGGACGGAUGUAGACUGGUCUUAACCAACAUGUCUUUAUUGCCAGAUUCUCACGGAGCUUGCCUAAGCUCCCGUUGAGCAGGACGAGGUCUACUCUUUGGUUUGUAGUUUGCUUCGCACUUCUGCAGUUACAACAAGGCAAAGAACUAUUUUAGGAUUUCCCCCUUUCUGAUCCGGCAAUCCUCUCUGUUUCACAUACUUAUUUUUUUAUAUAAACCGUGUAUGUUAAUGGGGCUGGAUGAUAAAUCACAUUUACUGAAUUACUAACUACAUCAUGAUUUCCUUUUUUAUGAGAAAUAAACGGAGUAGCUACAAUAACCAAUGACGUCUGAGUGCUAGUUCAGUCAACCAAUCAGCACAAGUCCUAAGGUCAUUAACUGGUCAUACUGUAAUAAAUCGGGCCAAAGGGCUGCAAGAGAGACAAAUAUCAUGCACUGCUGUUAUAUUUCUGCUAUAAUAAACAAUAGAUAAAUAUGAAUUCAUCAUGUUAUAGAUCAUCCAGCCCUAACCUAACCUUUUAUUAUUAGCUAAUAGACCCCAUGACCGAUAGAUUCAUUUGAUUCAUAUUAAUUUUUGUUGAAAUUGCUGUAUAAGUCUCCACCCAAUGAAUGAGUCUGCAUUAUUUUGCACCACCUUUUGUGUUUUGAAAUUAUUAGUCUGUCCUUUUUUGUUUUUGUUUGUAUGUCUCCAUGUGUAUCCAGAACUCGACAGUGCCCGUCUCUACAACACAGAGUCGGCAGCAGAGGGCCAUGCCGGAGGGGACUGGUUACAUGAGCUACUGAGUAGAGUGUAUGUGCUUGCUGUUGGGUGAUUUAGUUGGUAGGGUGAAUUAUGGGUGCAGGAUUAUUAAAUACAACAUACGUUCUCCUCCUGGCAUGGCCGAAGUGAAUCUGUAGGAAGAGUUGCAGUGAUGCAGUACAACCACAAGGUGCCACUGUACCAGAAGUUUCCGAAAACAUCAACAAUAUGCACAGUGCGAGCAAUAAAGCCAAAUUAAUUUUA